GAGUCUGGGCGGGCGACACGGAUGCCUGAUGAGGUGUCAAGAAGAAACCCUUAUUUGGCGCAAACAGCCCUCUCUGGUUAUAAGUUAUAACGAACUAUCAGGAAAUUCCGCCAAAAACUUGAAGACUGAGAAAUAUGGCACUCUCACUCUCCACACCCACUUCCACUCUCCACCGUUUCCACUUGUUGUCUUCUUGUCACUCCAAUCAGCUAUUCCCAGUCUCACUCUCCCUCCCAAUCCCCACCCGCACGCUCCUCCUUAUCUCCUGCUGCGCCGCCGCCAAGCCCCACACCGGCCCCGUCAACAAAAACCGCUCGCCUCCCUCCCCCGCCAACAACAAAACCAAGGGAAAGAAAAAGCGUAAGGGGAAGGAUGUCAGCAUUAGUAAGGUUGAAAUUGUUGACGAUGAUUUCGGGGGUGAGGAUUCUGAUUCCAGGUCGUUGAGUUAUAAUCCGACGCCGCUGCCGAAGCCGCCGGCUGGGUUUGUGGUGGAUGAUCACGGCAGGGUGCUCAUGGCUUCCUCUAAGCGAAUCGCCUCUAUUGUUGAUCCUACCAAUAAUUUCCCAUUAGAGUGCGUUAUAAGGAGAGUAUUCAGAAGCUCACGAGGGGAUGAAUGUAUGCUGCUUUGUCCUGUUGACACGCCUGUUCAGAUAUUGAAGAGCACCAAUAUAGAUGGCUGGUCAGCGGUCACUGAUGAAGAAGUUGAAGCUAUUCUUCCCUCCGCCGCUUAUGCCCUUGCUAAGAUACACAUGCAUCUUGUACAUAGCGGAUUCUGUUAUACAGCAAGAGGAGGAUUUUGUUACUCAGAUGAUGACAUAUUUGAUUUUCGCACAGAUGAUGGCGAAGAUGUAGAUGGCUUACCAACUGAGGGUGUCGAGAUUACAUGUUUCCAUUUAGAUGGUGCGCAUUACAUGAUUUAUACACCUUCUGACCCACUUCUCUUUGUAGUCGUAAAGGACAAUGAUAGUCUAUUGCAAAUUGCUGAUGAUGAUCUGCUGGAGGACCCUGCUAUCAUUAGUGCCAUAGAUGAGGAGACCGAGUUUAACGCAUUGGUGGAAGAAGAAGCAGCUCUUCUUGAUUCAUUGCUAGGAAAAGAGUAGUAGAAUGUGCUGCUCUGUCGAGUGUCAACCGGGGUAUUUCUUCAUGUCCGGUCUUUCCGGUCCUGAAAAAUUGACAUUUGAGUUCUACCUAUCGAUGCCUGUAAAUAAUUUUUCCUCUUUUGUAAUGCAUAUAUAAAAUCUUUCUUGUAGCUCAGUGUCACCAGUGCUUCUGUUAGUGAUUAAAGUAGCAUAACAUCCCAUCAAUUUUG